AUGAUUGAACUGGAUAAGAUCGGACUGGGUGGAUCGAAGGAACCACCAUGUCGGAAUGAAAGCGAAACGGAAACAACACAACCGCUUCGAAUCGAAUUCCCCUCUAUGUGGGUGAAUUCGUUUAUGAUGAAUCGAAAGAAUUGUUUCUUCGAAAUGGUCGAGGAUACUGGAUCGAUGAAGAAACUCGGAUUGCUACUCGCGAAGUGGAAUGGAAAGAUGGAGUGGAAGUGA